CACCACACCACUCUGUCUCUCUCCAUCUCCACUGAUUCGCACAGCAUCCAAAAUGCCCAAUCCCGUCCUGCUCCUCCUCUUACCCGUCCUCCUCCAUGCCGUCGCCGCCGUCUCCAGCGAAGACUCGGCGGAGGACCCCUGCGCGGGCCGCCGGAUCCACAUCCGGGCUCUGCCCCCGCGCUUCAACACGCACCUCCUCCGCCACUGCGACGCCGCCUUCCCGCUCGCCGACCCAUCCGCCUCCGCCCCGCCGUCCUGCGCGUCGCUGGCCAACCACGGCCUCGGCCCGCGCACCCACCCGCGGAGCCGCUCCUGGUACCGCACAGACGCGCGCCUCCUCGAGCCCUUCUUCCACCGCCGCAUCCUCGAGCGCCGCUGCCUCGCCGCCGACCCAGCCCUCGCCGACGCCGUCUUCGUCCCCUACUACGCGUCCCUCGACGCCCUCCCCUACCUCCUCGACCCCGCUCUCCUCGACUCCUCCGCCUCGCACGGCGCCUCCCUCGCCGAGUUCCUCGCCCACGACCGGCCCCAGAUCCUCUCGCGACGGCACGGCCAUGACCAUUUCCUCGUCCUCGCCGGGUCCGCGUGGGACCACUCUCAGCCGCCGGAGCUGGAGAAGGGGCAGCAGCCCAGGAUGUGGGGCUCCACGUCGCUGAUCCGCCGGCCGGAGUUCGAGAACUUCACGGUCCUGGCCCUGGAGUCGCGCACGUGGCCAUGGCAGGAGCACGCGAUCCCCCAUCCGACCUCCUUCCACCCGUCGUCGCUCCGCCGGCUCCAGGCCUGGCUCGACCGCGCCCGCCGCUCCCGCCGUCCCGUGCUGAUGCUCUUCGCCGGCGGCGUUUCCCGCCCGUCGCGGCCCAACAUCCGGGGCUCCAUCCUCGCCGAGUGCGCGAACCGCACCGACGCCUGCGUCGUGGUCGACUGCUCGGCCGGCAAGUGCGCGCACGACCCCGUCCGCUACACGCGCCCCAUGCUCCGGUCCAGGUUCUGCCUGGAGCCGCCCGGAGACACACCGACGCGGCGGUCGACGUUCGACGCGAUCCUCGCCGGCUGCGUGCCGGUGUUCUUCGAGGACGCGGCGGCGAGAAGGCAGUACGGCUGGCACCUGCCCCCGGCGCGGUACGACGAGUUCUCGGUCUACAUACAGAAGGAGACGGUGGUGCUGGGCGGCGUCAGGAUCGCCGAGACGCUGGCCGCCGUGCCUGAGGCGGAGGUGCGGAGGAUGCGGGAGCGCGCGCUGGAGAUGGCCCCCCGGGUGAUGUACCGGCGGCACGGGAGCACGGCGGAGCUGAGGCGCGCGGGGAUGGACGCCGUCGACCUCGCCGUGGAAGGCACGCUCCGGAGGAUACGCGGGCGGACGCGCGCGCUGGAGGACGGCCAGCCGGAGAGGAUAUACGCGCUGGAAGACGACAGCAUCGAGCCGUAGGAGGACUACGAAAUGGAAUGCUCUUGAGGACAUUCGCGUAGUCUAGAUUUGAACAUUUCUGUACCAUCGUGCAGUUCCUUCCAUCUUCCGUGUCGGAGAUCGAGUGUAUCAGUGUAGGAAGAGAGAUUCAUCCUGUUUUGUGAAUGUAGCAAAGUCUUUCUUUCGCAGGUGUGAAUGUAGCAAAAUCACCUCCAUCUCUCGAGUGUUGCUUCAGUACUAGCUACUCCUAUUUGAUCACAGCUUGGUUGUCACCUAUCA